CCGGCUUCUGCGGGGACGGUGCGGGUCGUUCGCGUUCCGGCUGUCCCGGGUGAGCCUGAGCCUUUAGGUCUCCGGUGACGGGUGGAAGCCACCACAGGCUCCAGACCUGGUUGUUUCGGCGGCACACGGAACGGGCCGACGUUGGCCGCUGUUCUUUCGCUGCUCUUGCUGACCUUGGCCCAGGGUCGGAGCCCAUGGCAGCUUGGACUGCCGUCAGCCUGAGCAGGGCCGCUGCCCCUUGCUUGCGGGCGCGAGGCCCCGGGGCCCGGGCGGCUCUUCCGCUCGGCCCCCCGGCCUCCCAGCCUGCGUCCUCGGACUGUAGCCCCGAUCGGGGCAGGAUGCUGCACCUCACCGCGGCGGUCCCCGCCGGGCACAACAAGUGGUCCAAAGUCCGGCACAUCAAGGGUCCCAAGGACACCGAAAGAAGUCGCAUCUUCUCCAAGCUCUGUUUGAGCAUCCGCCUAGCGGUUAAACAAGGAGGCCCCAACCCUGAGCUCAACAGCAAUCUGGCCAGCAUCUUAGAGGUGUGUCGCAGCAAACACAUGCCCAAGUCAACAAUUGAGGCAUCGCUGAAAAUGGAGAAAACCAAGGACGUUUAUUUGCUUUAUGAGGGUCGAGGCCCUGGUGGCUCUUCUCUGCUCAUUGAAGUAUUAUCUAACAGUGGCUCCAAGUGCCAUUCAGACAUCAAACACAUCCUGAACAAGAAUGGGGGAAUGAUGGCUGAAGGAGCUCGCCACUCCUUUGACAAAAAGGGGGUGAUUGUGGUUGGAGUGGAGGACAGAGAGAAGAACGCUGUGAACCUAGAGCGUGCCCUGGAGCUGGCAAUCGAAGCAGGAGCUGAGGAUGUCAAGGAAACUGAAGACGAAGAGGAAAAGAACAUUUUUAAAUUUAUUUGUGAUGCCUCUUCACUGCAUCAAGUGAGGAAGAAGCUGGACUCCCUGGGCUUGUGUUCUGCGUCUUGUACGCUGGAGUUCAUCCCCAACACAAAGGUGCGGCUGGCUGACCCCGACCUGGAGCAGGCUGCCCGUCUCAUCCAGGCUCUCGGCAACCAUGAGGAUGUGAUCCAGGUCUAUGACAACAUUGAGUAACCAGUCUGUGUGUGCCCUUGGGCUCCUUCCGAGGCAACUGGCAGCCUAUUCUGGAGCACAGGCUUCUGCAGCAUCCUCUGAGACUGAAGCAGAUGGGGGACCUAGCAGGUUAGGAGGCAUAAGGACUGCAGCUCUAUGGCUAAGGGAAUCACCACAUCUCUGUGGGGCCUCUUUGUCAGCUCUGCUGGUAUGUCAGAGCCCUCCUGGAUGAGUCCCCCCACUCCCUCCUGGAUGCAGGGUGGCGCCAGCCAGCUGAUCAGACUCUGAUCUCAGGAAGUUGGCCCUUGUGGGGAUGGUAGGUGCCCUGAGGGCGCGUGUACUAGAAACUGCUCUUAAAUAAUAACAGUGAUUGAUCUGGUUUGCUGCAUCGCUGUUGUAUGACCCUUCAGUUUUCCUGGGUUUAUGUCCAGCUCUUGGGACCCUCUUGACUUCCUUUCAAGUCUAUGGGCUUAGUUCCACUACUCCAGUCCCAGGACUGUUGUUUAUUUAUUUAUUUUUUUUGAUUGACCAGAGAAAUGUAACUCUCUUCAGGCGCUCUGUCCUCUGCUGCUGGUCUAAUGGCCUAAACCUGUCGUUGAUUCAUGCAACUAAUAUUUAUCGAACACUUACUAUGUACCAGAAACUGCACUUAUCAGGAGCACAAGCUAUUUAAUUGGUGCCCUGUGUUAGAUCCUGCUCUAAGACAAAGGACCUCAGAGGGAAGACACAGGACUGCUCUCCACUGGAGCUGUCCCAGGGCAGUGUGAGCUGCUGUGCAUGCAUCCUUGUUCUCUUCAUGUGGCCUCUGUGCCCUGCUUCUGCCAGGGAGCUUCAAGCUCUAACCCAGUAGGAAAUCAAGUGCCAAUGAUAAGGGACUACCAGGACCUACUUUGCCCAGGCCCCUGUGUGUUCUGAGAUUGGUCAGAGUGGACCUGUCAGCAGAUUGGACUGCUCUCAGACAAGGCUAUGCCAAGCUGGUUUUGAAAGCUGCUUGGUCCCCAGAAUGCCUAACCCUAGCUCCUUUUCAUCCCUGAUGCCAAAUGAUGGAGCACAGGAAACUGGAGAGGAAAGGAGAACAGAAGGAAGGGUGAAGGGGUGAGUCAGAAGCCUGGCCAGGUAGGAAAUAGGGCCCUUGGUGCCUUUUGCUCCUAAGAAUCACUUCUGGGUUUAGAGAGACCAGGGGUGCCAACUACCUGUGCUGUAGCCCAUCAAGCAUGUUGGGCCUGGAGUAGCUUUUUGAUCCCUGUCAUUCACCUACUUAUAAAUUGUUUAAGCAGUUCUGAGCUCACGAGUCAUUUUCCUGAAGGAGCCUCAAGUAAAUGAGGAUGGAAAAGAACAAACACCAAAUUGGGUAUAAAUGUUAACUUCAGCUUCUAGGAAAAACAGAUUACUAAUUCCAUAGUGACUUCAACAGCUGGAGAGCAAAGGCUAGGGGGAGGAAAAGCAAUGAAAUAAUCCAUGAUCAUGCCAAAGCAUAUGCUCUUAUACCUCAUUUCAGAAUCCUGAUACUACCUGGGAUUCUUU